AUGCUCCUUUUUGAAUCUGCAGACAAGUUUUUAUCAUGUAACCUAAUAGUUAGUAUUAUCCAUUCUCUCCUUUCUCCAGCCAAAUCUAGUGAAUUUGUAUUUCUUGAACUGUCCCAACCACUCACAGAAUGGGAAGAAGACAGACUGACUGAAGUGGUUACAGGUGUGAGCAAGAAGAACAGAGCACCAGAUCUCCUUGAGGUUUUGUCUUUGAAGGAAGCACUAUCCUUGUUUAAGGACCUUUCUCCUGAAGAGAGCUCUUUUAUAAAUUACAAUAAGGAUCUACUAAAGCAAUGUAUACCAAAACAGAAUACCUCAGAUGCUCAUGAGCCUGCAGUUCAGGAAUCUAAACCAAAAGUGGCCAGGCCCAGUUAUGCCCUUGCAAAUAAGCAGAAUAGUGGUUGCUAUUCUAUCUCUCUGUCCUCUGCACUGAAUGAAGAAUGGAAAGAAGUAAGAGAAACAGGAGCAGUUAAGAACUUAAUUGUUUAUCCACCCCCACCUGCAAAAGGAGGAUUGGGAGUCACAAGAGAAGACCUAGAGUGCUUAGAAUAUGGAGAGUUUCUCAAUGAUGUCAUCAUUGAUUUCUAUCUUAAAUACCUGUUGUUGGAGAAGGUGCCAAAACAUCUUGCUGAACGCACACACAUUUUUAGCAGUUUCUUCUAUAAGUGCCUGACCAGGACGGAAAAAAACUCUGAGGGGGAUCUCAAAGUUCCAGCGGCACAGAGAAGACACAGAAGAGUAAGAACGUGGACUCGUCAUAUAAACAUCUUCAGUAAAGAUUAUAUCUUUGUGCCUGUGAAUGAGGAGUCUCAUUGGUACAUUGCAGUUAUCUGUUUUCCUUGGUUAGAAGAAGCUGUGUAUGAGGAGUGUCCUCAUCAGAGUUUAUCAUGUCACCAGCCUCAACAAUCUCCGCUUUGGUCAGAGGGUGAGAACGUUAGAACUGGUUCAGUGUUGACCAUUCCUGGUGACUGCAAAGAUGAGCAAGAAAUGGUUAUUAACAAAAAUAUAUUCUCUGAAGGUGGCAAUGAAAUUGCUGCUUCUGCUUCAGCCCUGCAUUCAGCUAUUUCUAAAAUCUCCCUCAGUAAUUCCAAAAGGCAGAUUUGUAAAAGGCCUUGUAUACUCAUCUUAGACUCUUUAAAAGCUGCUUCUGUGCAGAAAACAGUUCAGGUUUUGAGAGAGUACCUUGAAGUGGAAUGGGAAGCUAAAAGAAAAACACAUAGAGAAUUCAAUAAAUCAACGAUGAUUGACCUGUAUCCCAGAGUGCCUAAACAAGAUAACAGCAGUGAUUGUGGGGUCUAUUUGCUACAAUAUGUGGAAAGCUUCUUUGAGAAUCCCAUAGUUAACUUUGAAGAGCCACUGCAUCUGGAGACGUGGUUCCCUCGUCAGCUGAUAAGAAGCAAAAGAGAAGAAAUUCGGGACUUGAUCUUGCAACUGCACUUUCAACAGCAUAGUGGCAGCAGCAGCUAG